AUGGGUGACGAAAAACCAUCCCACUACGUGCACAGACUGAGGAGUUUGGCGGAAGGAAGACUAGCGGAAAGUGUGCUAACAUCAAUGUUCCUAGAACAAGUGCCCCAAAACCUGCACGAUAUUUUGGUGGCAAGUGAGAGCACAGACCUAACGAAGCUGGCCCAAAUAGCAGACAAGGUGAUGGAGACGCCACACGCGGCGCCGAUAACCCAUGGAAACAUGGCGACUUCCUUUCUGCAACAACGAUCGGAAAGGCAACCGGAAGCGCCAGGAAUGGACGCGAGCCAGUUCCUAGCGUCUCAAAUGGCGGAAAUCCUGAGGCGAUUGACGGCGUUGGAAAUGCGAGAAACGCGGCAGGAGCAGCAACCCAGAUGGAGAAGCGGUUCAGGGGCCCGUUCCAGAUCUCGUUCCAGUUCCGCAAGACGUACCACGGGCCACUGCUACUACCACCGACGCUUUGGAGCAAAGGCGUACAGAUGCAUACUCCCAUGCGCGUGGAAGCCAAAACCGGGCGAAACUAAUAUCCCCGCAAUCGCACCGCCGGCGGAAAACUAA